CAACGCUCGACUCCUGCAAUCCUAUUGCUUAUUACAUCUACUUGCUUAUAAGACAGAGGCAUCUUGUCAUUCUUCAUAAACCUGCAGCUAUGUCAGGUCCAUACCUUCACGGCCACCACGCCUCAGUCCUCCGCUCCCACAGCUGGCGCACCGUUGAGAACUCAGCUCCUCACCUUAUCCCCUACCUCAAGCCCGACCUCAAGAUUCUCGACGUGGGCUGCGGCCCAGGCACCAUCACAGUCGACCUCGCGUCUCGCCUCCCGCAAGGCUUCGUGUACGCCAUCGAUCCUUCUGCCGACGUCAUAGAGAAGGCACGGCAACACGCGAAAGAGAAGGGCGUCACAAACGUGCGGUUCGAGGUCGGCGACAUCUUCAACUGGCACAGCCUGGACGGCGUGGAGGAAGCCGGCUUCGACGUCGUGCAUGCACAUCAGGUACUGCAGCACCUGCAGGACCCGUUGGGCUGCAUGAAGGAGAUGGUGCGGCUCACAAAGAAAGGGGGGAUUGUAGCGGUGCGCGAUUGCGACUACGGCGCCAUGGACUGGUACCCCGAGCACCCGGGGAUGCAGAAGUGGAAGGACUUGUACAUCAAAGUCGCAUUGGGGCUGAAGGCAUAUCCGAACAUGGGCAAGAUGCUGCAUUCAAUUGCGAUGCAGGCCGGUGUUCCAAGGGAAGAUAUCGAGGCGAGUAUCGGCGCGUGGUGUUUCUCAACACCCGACGAACGGGAAUGGUGGUGCGGUCUGUGGGCGGAUCGAACGGUCAAGAGUGAUUACAAGCAAAGGGUACUGGACGGCGACCACGGCACCGAAAGCGAUCUCGAGGAGAUCUCAUCGACAUUCCGCGAGAUGGAAAAGAAGGAAGACGGCUGGUUCGCAGUCAUCAACGGCCAGAUUAUCUGUCAUGUCAGGUAAAGCAGAAGCAAGCAUACAGACCCUGUCAUUAAUUUACAGCCUUCUACUGCAUCCAAG